GUGCGUGUCCUGUCCGGCGAGGAGGAAGGUGCUUUUGGGUGGCUGGCGCUGAACCAGAAGCAGGCAAAUCUGGGGCGCACUGCUCUGGAAGAUCACAGAGCACGUAGCAAAUUUCGCAGAAAAGAGUUCGAGACGCUCUUUUCGCAGGCCGAGAUCAGCCCCGACCCGGCGACGACUAUGGGAGCGCUUGACUUCGGCGGGGCGUCGGUGCAGAUUUCCUUCGCCCGGGACCU